UAAACAUUCUUCUUUUCCACUUCAUUCCUUACGACUCUGUCAACAACACUCAUCACACAACAGUAACACAGAGAGAGAAGAGAGAGAAGCGAUGAACAAAAGGGUUCUGAUUCGGAUCCUACUGUUCCUCGUCGUCUUCAACUCCUUCUAUCUCUGUCUCUACUUCAUCCAUCACCAUAACUCUUCUCUCAUCUCUUCAAAUCCCAUCCACAACACUUUCCCAAAAAAGCCACCUUUUAAACGACCCUUUAUAGAGAUAAAACAAACCCAUUUCUCAAAACCAUGGCCAAUUCUCCCCUCUUACUUACCAUGGUCUAAAGAUUCAACUUUUGUCCCUCCACGCUCCUGCGAAGGCUAUUUUGGAAAUGGGUUCACGCGCCGUCUUGAGGUUUUUUCAGGUGACAAAGGAGGUGGGUGGUUUAGGUGUUGGUACAGUGAGAGUUUGAGGAGUUCGGUUUGUGAAGGUGGGAGGGUGAGGAUGGUGGUGGAGAAGAUUGAAAUGGCGAAGGGUGGGGAGAGUUUGGUUGAUGUUAUUGGAAGAAGUGAAGAGGAGGAGUUACCAGUGUUUCGAAACGGUGCGUUUGAGGUUGAUGGUGGUGAAGGGUUUGAAGAUGAGAGGAAAUUGGCGGUUGAUAGUGAGUUUUUGGAUCGGUAUGUUCCUAGAGGGGAGAUUAUGAGACAUACUAUGCGUGAUUUGAUUAGCAAGAUUCGGGUUGUUGGAAGGAAAGAAUUUGCUUGUGAUCAGUGGAUUGAGGAACCGACACUUCUGGUGACACGCUUUGAAUAUGCAAAUCUUUUUCACACUGUUACAGACUGGUACAGUGCAUAUGUUUCUUCUAGAGUUACUGGCUUGCCUAAUCGACCUCAUUUGGUCUUUGUAGAUGGACACUGUAUGGCUCAACUUGAAGAGACAUGGAAAGCGUUAUUCUCGAGCGUCAGAUAUGCUAAAAACUUCAGCGGAACAGUUUGUUUUCGCCAUGCUAUUCUCUCGCCUUUGGGAUACGAGACUGCCCUAUUUAAAGGGCUAACAGAAGAUAUAUUUUGCGAUGGAGCUCCCGCACAAGAACUGCGGCAAAAGCCUGAUGACCAUAAAACCGCACGUCUUUCCGAGUUUGGAGAAAUGAUAAGAGCAGCAUUUGGAUUACCAUUAAACUUAAACCAUGUCAGAAAACCAGUCUCUGGAGGACAUAAUAUCCUCUUUGUUCGUCGCGAAGAUUAUUUAGCUCAUCCACGUCACGGUGGUAAAGUUGAAUCAAGACUAACGAACGAGGCAGAGGUAUUUGAAUCCUUGAAGAGUUGGGCGCCUAACUAUAAAGGGUGUAAAAUCAACCUCGUCAACGGAUUAUUCGCACACAUGUCUAUGAAAGAGCAGGUACAAGCUAUUCAAGAUGCAUCAGUGAUCAUUGGCGCUCACGGUGCUGGUCUUACUCACAUAGUAUCUGCAUUGCCUAAAACUGUGAUUCUAGAGAUCAUUAGCAGCCAGUUCAGACGUCCACAUUUUGCGUACAUUGCGCGGUGGAAAGGCUUGGAGUAUCAUGCAAUUAACCUUGACGGGUCCUAUGCAAAUACCGAAACUGUAAUCAAUGCUCUGGUCAGCAUAAUGAAAAGCCUUCGAUGUUGAGUGUUUUGGGUUUGGACUUGAAACCGACGAUAUCAGAGCUCGAGUAGUUGAAUGGUCAACGAUCUUUAACCUUUUUAUAGCUAAAGCCAGAUUGAUUUGGUUAGUGAACUGAUGGAAUUGUUGGUAACUUGUUGAAGAAGAAAUAGGAUUUAGUUUAACAUAGUAACCAUUAUCAUGUCCAUGUUCAACUGAAGGUUGCAGAAUUCAGUGUCAUUGGAAGAGGGUUAAACUUUUCUUGUGAUAUAUGUAGCAUAUUGAUGAGGGAUGUUGAAUCUACAUUUUGUAUACACAGAUGAGGGAUCCAAAUUUUAUGUGUUGUAAAUUGAUUUUUUAACUGUAGAAUUUGUAAUUUUGUGUAAUGUCUCUCUUUAGACAGGUUACACAUUAUUUGUAUUGAUAAUAGAAGUAUAAAUAGAAAUUAGUUACUAUAAUUAAUGUUAA